AGCAUAGGUGGAAGGACCGAGAGCACAGUUUGUGAGUCAUUCUUCUGAGCUCUUAAAAACUGAGAGGGGAAGCCCACAGCAAAAACAGGCAGUAGCUCAACUCAGCUGCAAGGACAAACUUCAAAUAAAAAAAGAGCAAAACAAAAGGAUGCUGCUUCUCCCAUUGCUCGUUGGACUGUCUCUGUCAUCUUAUGCAACACUAAUAGAUUUUAAAGCUGAAGUAGAGGCCCUGAAAUAUCUACGGCAGUAUGGAUACUUACAGAAGCCCUUGGAAAGUGACACUGAGGAUUUCAGUCCGGAGGAAGUGCGGGAAGCCAUAAGAGUCUUCCAGCAAUCUUUUCAACUGCCUACAACAGGAAUAUUAGAUGAACGCACCUUGGAGAAGAUGAGACAGCCUCGAUGUGGGCUAGAAGAUCCCUUUAACCAGAAGACUCUAAAAUACUUGCUGUUAGGUCGCUGGAGAAAAAGGAACUUGACUUAUCGGAUAUACAAUUACACUCCAGACAUGACUCCUGCAGCAGUAAGCACUGCCAUUCAAUCAGCCUUCAAAUACUGGAGCGACGUCACACCGUUGACAUUUAAAGAGAUUACAUACGGAAGGGCAGAUAUACGUAUUUCAUUUCAUCAGCGUGGUAUCAGUUGCUCGCGACCAUUUGAUGGACCCGGGAAGGUGUUGGCACAUGCUGACAUCCCAGAGUUGGGCACAGUGCACUUCGAUGAGGAUGAGUACUGGACAGAGGGCACAUACCUGGGAGUAAACCUACGCAUCAUUGCAGCCCAUGAGUUGGGACAUGCUUUGGGUCUUGGUCAUUCUCGCUACAGUAAUGCCCUGAUGGCUCCUGUCUAUAUUGGAUACAGACCUAACUUCCGCCUCCACGAUGACGAUAUUAGGGGCAUCCAGGCGUUAUAUGGUAAAAAGGCACAAAGAGAAGAUGAGGAAGAAGAAACUAUAACAACGGAAGUUCCAGUCACUCCCUCUGUCCCUAUUCCAACUAGCCCAAUGCCGGACCCAUGCAAUGACAGCCUUGAUACCAUAAUUCUAGGUCCUUAUGGAAAAACCUAUGCUUUUAAAGGGGAUUAUGUGUGGACUGUUACUGAUUAUGGAAUUGGCCCUCUCAUCAAGAUCCAGUCCCUAUGGAAAGGGCUUCCCGGAAACCUGGAUGCAGCAGUACAUUCGCCACGUACCAAAAGGACUUAUUUCUUCAAAGGAGAUAAACUCUGGAGGUACACAGAUUUUAGGUUGAAUUAUGGGUACCCUAAACUGUUAACUGGAGUGCCCCCCAAUCUGAAUGCUGCUUUGUACUGGGAUGGAAACCAGAAGAUAUUCCUGUUUAAGGGUGAUAGCUAUUGGCAGUGGGAUGAGCUGGGUUGGAGCAUCCUCUCCUCGAAAAAAAUCUCCAGCCUAUUUACGGGUGUCCCAGGCAACGUUGACGCAGCCUUGACAUGGAAGAACAGCAAGAUUUAUUUUUUCAAGGGAGACAACUACUGGCGGGUGAACAAGCAGCUGAGAGUUGAACGAGGAUAUCCCUUGAGUAAGGCUGAGCGCUGGAUGCAGUGCCAUCAUUUUGAUUAACAGCAAGAUGAAUGACACCGUGCACAACUUCGUGGCUCUCAGAGAUAUCUAAUGUGAUUUAUGACAUAGUUUGAUCAAGGAACGCUGAUGAAUUUCAAGAAAUCACAAAGAAACCAGCAGAGCUGCCACCAGAAGUUCUUCACACACACUGUGCUUGAUAACAGUCAAGUAGUGUGGGGUACUUAUGAUAAACAUAAUGCCAUAACUCUACAUGGGCCUAGUGCCACAUGGAAUCCCUAUAGACCAAUAACAGCAGAAGACAUGUUAACCAGAGACACGGAGCGUGCACUUCUUCCAGUUUGUCUCUUUCUGCGUUCUCCAUAAAGAAAUGGCUCAUAUUUUAAUGAAGUCCUACAUAUGAAAGAACACUUUAGAAUGCAUAAUAUACACCAUGGAUGCUACAAUAUAUUGAUUGAGUGUCUCUCGUUAUGCUACUUCCACUCAGGGAGGUUAUCAAACUCAGACCUAAGAAACAAAUGGAUUUUUUUCUGCUGUUUGGACCAUUCCAUUUGUUGCUAUAAUGACAUAACCAUUUAUUUAAACUUUGUACCAGAGAGGGACCUAAUUAAUAACCCUUAAUAUGUUUUAUUCACUAAAGCGGGUGGUUGCAGG